GUCCAGUAGUUAUCCAGUAAAGCUUCAUUGCACGUGUCGUAAAAGUAGACAUAAUGGUUCGGCUAAGCACCAUAGUAGUGAUCAUCGGCAUUGCAUUAGUAUGCACUUACGCACAAGAGGAACUCUAUGAUAAUAAAUACGACGACAUGGAUGUCAUAGCCAUUAUGGUUAAUGAUAAAUUACGAAACCAAUACUAUAAAUGUUUUAUGGAGACUGGACCAUGCGCGACAGGAGAUGCGAAAUUCUUCAAAGAAAUUUUCGCUGAAGCUUUACAAAGUAAGUGUAAAAGGUGUACCGAAAAACAGAAGAAAAUGCUCGAUGACAUAGUCGGUUGGUAUACAGAAAACAAGCCUGCUGAGUGGCAGACUAUAGUUGAAAAAUCUAUUGAGGAUUUGAAGAAGAAGAAUGCUGGGAAAUAAUUGCUAACGAUAAGCGCUAAUAGAUUCAAAUUAAGGAACGACAUAGAAAUUCAAAACAGCAACGUUUAUUAUUGUUUUAUAUUCGGAAAUCUCUUCACAUGGGGAAGUAGUCUUGUUAAUUUGGCUAUAGUUAACGCUGAUAUAGUAAUAUUAUUGAUAUAGUAAUAGUAUUGUUAAAGUAAGGAAGUUAAGAAGAAUAAAUUCCUUGCAUCAGAAAAAUGCGUGGACUUGAUUGCGAAACAAUUGUCUAAUAAAAAAUGUUACCAUGUCAUGUAACUUAAUAUUUGAAAUUUGAUUAUUGAAAGAAUGUCGUAUCGCGUUAGUAACAUUUCAGUUCACUCCGUCAGAGAGAUACGUCCUGACACUGUAAUGUUUUUCCCACUACACUCUAUUAUAUAAUAUUAUGACGCACAAAUAAUUGCAUCCACACAUAUUUAGUUUUUAAUAUAAAGAAAAGAUUCAGUUCUUAUCAUAAAAAAGCUGUAAUAUAUAUGAAUGAUUAAUAGUAAAAUAACAACUUUGACGACUUCCAAUCAUAAAUUCUAUGCAUAAUGUGCAAAACCAAUGUAUUAAAUCAUGUACCGAAGUUAAACGAAAUUACGUAUUUGAAAAAGUAUUAAUAAAUAAAAGUAUUAAAAGUA